AUGUCCAUUCUGCGGUAUCUCUAUCUAAGGCUCGCGGCACUCAUCAUCCGCACAUUGGCCCGGCUACCAGGCCGAAUCUUGUCCAACCCAGACGUCGUUCGCCACAUCCCCUCGCGGGAUCCCCGGCGCACCAUCAAGGCGCACCUGUACCACCCAUCAGACAAGGACCAGGCUCCCAAACCCAAGCCCAAGCCCGUCCUGCUCAACUUCCAUGGAAGCGGGUUCAUGAUCCCCGCGCACGGCUCGGACGACGCCUUCUGUCGCCAGAUCAGCCGCGAGACAGGGUAUACCGUGCUGGACGUCCAGUACCGAUUGGCGCCCGAACACCCCUUCCCGGCAGCGAUUGAGGACGUCCAGGAUGUCGCGCGCUGGGUGCUAAAUCAGCCAGAGACUUUUGAUCUCUCACGCGUGUCAAUCUCUGGCUUCAGCGCGGGCGCCAAUCUCGCCCUCGUAGCAACCUCCUCCCUGUUCCCCCCAGGCACAUUCCGCUCCGUCCUCGCGUUCUACCCCAGCGUCGCGGCGUUCAUCGACCCUUACACCCUGCUGGCGCCUGAGAAGGGCGGACGUCCUAUCCCGGCGUUUGUUCUCCGCUUGUUCAGGCAGAGCUACGUGCAGUCGCCGGAAUUCAGUCUGCGGGAUCCGCGCAUCGCGCCUAGUCUUGCGGAGCCAAGUCGCUUUCCGAGGAAUGUCUUGUUUAUCACGGCGGGGUAUGAUACUUUGGCGCUUGAGGCUGAGAAACUUGCGGCGAGACUCGAUGAGGAUCCUGGCCGGCGAGUCGUGCAUGAGCGCAUGGAUAAGUGUGACCAUGCCUGGGAUAAGCUGGCUAGAGAGGGGACUCGGGGGUGGGAGCUGAAGGAAAGGGCGUAUCGUCUGGCUGUGGAAAUGCUGGAGAUUUAA